AUGUCGGUCGAGCCGUCCCGCUACGGCCCGGACUUCCACUGCGUCACCGUAUCGCGAGAUGUCUUCGAAGUCCGCUCACACUACGCAAAUUUGCGCCCCGUUGGCGGUGGCUCGUAUGGCAUCGUCUGCUCCGCCGAAGACACGCUUCGAGGACGCAAAGUCGCCAUAAAAAAGAUCACAGAUGUGUUCGACGACCUCACCGAUGCCAAGCGCAUUUUGCGCGAGAUGAAGCUGCUCCGACACCUCGGAGUGCACGAAAACGUCAUCAACAUUCUGGACGUGAUUUUGAUACCGCCCAACGUCAUGGACUUCCAUGACAUCUACAUCGUCACGGAUCUCAUGGAGAGCGACCUGGAGCGGAUCAUCAGCUCGUCGCAGCCUCUUUCAGACGCACACUUCCAGUACUUUUUGUACCAGAUCUUACGUGGUAUGAAGUUUGUGCACUCCGGGAACGUGCUGCACCGCGAUCUCAAGCCGUCAAACCUGCUGGUGAACUCCAAUUGCGACUUGUCCAUUUGUGACUUCGGACUGGCACGAGGAGUGGAGACGGCGCAUAACGAAGAUCUGACCGAGUACGUCGUCACGCGCUGGUACCGAGCGCCAGAACUACUCACAGACUGUCAGAACUACAACGACGCAGUGGACGUCUGGGCCGUCGGCUGCAUCUUCGCCGAAAUGCUUCGUCGUCGACCAUUCUUCACAGGACGAGACCCGUCCGAUCAACUACACAUGAUCAUUCGUGUGCUAGGAUCACCUACUGAGGAGGAAAUGGCCUUUGUGCCGCAUGAAGCUGCAAAGCGAGCUAUCUUGCAGCAUGGAUUUUACCCAAAGCGUCCGUUGAUCGAGUUCUUCCCGGAUGCGAACCCAUUGGCAGUUGACUUGCUGUCUCAGAUGCUCAAGUUUAAUCCAGCGGAGCGUAUUUCCGUCGUGCAGGCACUAGCACAUCCGUACUUGGCGCAACUUCAAAACCCCGUACGUGGAUGUGUGUUAUUACGACGAUAA